AUGACUGACCGACAAGCGACUCCUAAGAGAGGAGGGGCAUGGACGAAGGUGGUCAUCUUCGUCUCUCUAUAUUUUUUACUACUCCAGUCUCUCAUAGAAUGGGUCCUUGUGCUCUACCUUUACGGCAAUAGAAAUGUAGACUCGAAGAUGGCCCCGAGCUUGAUUCUUGCUCUCAUUGCGUCAUUUUUUACAGUACCUCUAGUAGUACUACACAGUUUCCUUGCGUGGCAAUAUAACAGAGUUCUUGGAUCUGGAGCCCGGAAAACGAUGCUACAUACCAUCUGCACAUAUAUACUCCGCUUCACGAUUACCGUCUGGCUAGCAGCUAGUGUGGCAGGAUUAGUGGUUGCAUCGCAGCAAGCUCCGUGCCUUCCUGACAGUGCAUAUGGAAGUUUUUGGAACGUCGGGGUCAGCUGCGCGCUCCACCGAGCAGUCGUUAUCGUUUCCGUUGUAUCUUUCCUCACUGUAUGUCUCUAUUUCUGUUCUAGGGAGCUUUGCGAGCGCCCAUAUGACAUAUCCCUACUCGGCGUAUACAAACCUCAGCGAUCAUCUCGAGACGACAGUAUCUUUUCGGCUUCUAGUUUGGAUAGCGAGAGGGGCUUGAAGAAUGAUAUCCUUUGUAUCUGCCGUCGUCCCGAUGUGACAUACGGCCGGAAUCCAUACAUGGCAUCAAGUGAUGUGAGCGAGAAGUCCGGGUGGACUCCGACCAUUGAACAGCCUACCCCGAUACGUCCAACAUCAUUCCUGCAACUCACAACGGAUGCGGAUUCUGGGUUGGCUGAGCAUCUAUCCCGAAUAACCACCUCUCCUGGAGGAACCCUGCCCACCAUUUAUCCGUCUGGUAUCUCUCGAACCCCAACCUUUGCAACUACAGGAACCAUCCACGCGACUCAUGAUCCAGCUUUGCCUGAGCUGCCAGGCGGCUCUGACGUGGAACACCGAUCAAGUCAUAUGAGACAGAAAUCAUCUGUAUCGUCUCUCCGCAGAUUCCUUCCCAAGGCGACCCCCGUAUCUGCGCCUCUAUCUGCAGACCCUCAGAUCCGGGCGCUCGCUGACCCGGCCACUCAUGUCCAUCUCGUUGAACAAGGGCCGCAGCACGCAAUUCACGAUAUCCAGGGACCAUUCCCUUCAGUACCGGAAGUAGAGGCACCACAUGUAUUACCAGAGAGUAUCCAACCUCCACAGCCUCCAGCCAACCCCCAAGAAGCCGCCAUACUCACAAGAUCAAUAACCGUGAACUCCGCCGAGGCCCCUGAGGUUGUCACUCCAGAAGCCGCGCUACCAGCACCCCUCAAUGUUCGCAGAUCAAACACCACACAUACCGCCCCUAUCCCUCAUACCCCUCACUUCCACCAUCAUCCUAACAAGGCCACACGUACACGUACACGUACACGUACAGCCUCAGUCCCGAGCUCUUGGGCUACAUUACUUGAAACGAGUCGCCCAACCCGCACAGGCACCAUGCGCACCCCCCGACAGCAACAAUUUGAACCGGGCUAUAUCCCCCGUUAUACCCAGAGCCAGCGCUUCCCACGUAAUCGAUACCCUCGCAACAGCCUCCACCGCAAUAUGUCCUCACUCGUCCGCGGAAACGACGUCGAGCGCCACUAUCCCAGCAUCCGCCGCCCACGUAGCAGCACCUGCGGUAGCAGAAUAGUCCCCGCCCCGGGGCAUCUCGACUGUAUCCGUGAAACGGGAGCGUCAAUUGAUGAGCCUGCCAGCAGCGAUCCAUCCCGCGGGACGAAUCGAACCAGCGUGCUUGGGCAUUAA